AUCACAUAUUCUGCAGGUGUGCUUGGUUGCUAAGUAACGCACAGAAUGGUCAGGGGACGAUAAAGGCAGAACUUGAAGCAUUAGAUUAAAGACACUCUCUCCUAAUUAUAUUUUUUACUAGUACCAUUAGCUGAAGCAGUUUUAUAGUGUAGCAGUUCACUGAAUGGCAAGUGAUUUGGUCUUUAAGUCAGUUUAAUUGGAAAUGGAUCGAUACAAGCGCCAGAUUAGACUCCGUUGUGACAGUGGAUUACCUAUCAAACGAGAUACACCCGUGAAACCAGCGCUGACCAGACGAGACCAGCACAGGAAACUUCUAUUCCGCAAGCAUUAUGAAGCUUUUCCAGAAGAACCUGAGAGGGAAGUCACGAAUGACUCCACUGUCAAACCAAAGAGCCCAGUAUCUGCCAACACUGUACACCAUAAAUCUACUUUUAGCUUAAGCACUCCUGCAUUUAUUGAAACUACCAGACACAAAGCAACCGUACCUGCCAUUCAAGUGACUGUAGUAGAGGCUCAUGAAGGUGAUGAAAUGUCGGGUAAAGAAGACGAGCAAAGCUUCACAUUAUCUAGCAUGGAGACUGCCACAACUUUCAGCUCUGGUGACACAGAGGAUGAGGACUUUUUGGACUCUGCAACUUCUAACAAUCUUCCCUCUCCAGAGAUCUUCAGAAGAGAAAACAAGGUGGAAACCUUCAAUUUUUCCAUUAAGGAAGACCUGCUGGAUCUCCAUCGUCACAUAAAAAACUCCACUUUGUUGGAUGUCAGCCAUGCUGAGAGCAUACACAUGCAUCAUCCCCCUAACCUUUCUACCAUCCUGGAUGCCUCCACUAUUCUUGCUGAAAAGACCUGUGAGAUCAGCAACAACAGAGAAGCCGGAUCUGCUGCUAAAGUACAAAAUGACACAUUGAAAUCAGACAAAACCUUUAAGAGGAAAACCCCACCAAGACUCAGCUACAGAAGACCUAUCUUGUGUAAGAAGGUGGUUUCAUUCAAAAGUCCUGUAAUUGCUGAGACCUUUGAUGGAAAAUGCAUACCAGCCUCAAAGUUAAUGACUCCCAGUCUCAACAAGCCAUUGCAAAUGUCCAGCCCACCGGAGGAGUUGAAGCCUGAUGCAGAGAUCAGCUCGGAAGAAGAAACAUUAGCUCUGACCAUGUUGCUAAAAAGGUCUGUCAAAACUAGUCAUAAGAAACCCAAGCUCUUUGACUUUGCCACCGACAAGGAGAGAGAUACUCUCUUUCAGGUCAUGAGAGAAAGAUGUGUGAAACUCAGAAGUGUUACUUUAUUUCCUUUCACAGCUGUUUAGUGCACCGAACCAUCUUUCCUGCCACAUUUGAAGCUAGAAUAAGAAAACAGAAAACUGUGGCUUUACCCCCUCAUCUGGAUUAGAUUAGUCUAAUUGUAGAAAGCCCUAUAUGAAAAUGGUCUGUAACUACUUAAAAGAAGGAGAGAAGAAUCUAUGGAACAAACUUAAAAUAACAUUUAAGAACUAAUUAAAGAGACAUGCUAGACUGGCGUUUGUUAAUAUGAAAAAAGUGUGAUGUGAAAUGACCACUAGAUGGCACAUAUGUAUUUACCUUUAAAAACCAUUGUCUGUCUUGUCCAUACAGUGAGCUUUUCCACCUUUAAAUAUGAUAUAUGUGUGUCUAUAUAUGUGUGUGUUUUUUGCUUGUUGUGCUUGUCCAUAUUUGCAUUUAUUCUCCUGACACGUGUUACUAUGGACUUUCUAAAUGAAGAAUGAUUUAAAAGCAAAGUUUAAAUGUAUAAGAUAUGUAUUUUAAGUAUACUCCAUCUAUAUUUAUGUAUAUUUGUCUUUGUCCUCAAAAUCUGCAUAUGUAUUUGAUUCAGAAAGUGUCUAAAGCAAAUAAAAAUACAUUAAAAUGCC